AUUGAAUUACCGUUACCGACCCUCUCGCUGCAUUCACUCUUGGAACGUUCACGGAAGAAGCGAGCCGAGUCGACGAAAGCAAUGAUGUUGUUUGUACACCUAGGUACCGUGGCGCCUAUCAGUCGAACAUGUUUCGGCUGGGCGGCCAAGGUGUACUGACCGAAGCCCUCUCAUCAUGUCCUUCUUUCCGCUCUGUAAACACUUGGUCUUCUCAGGUUCAUCGCCGACUUGAGAAGAUGACACUAUUUCCAGGUGUUGCGCUCGUCACUGGCGCCGCAAGUGGCAUCGGUCAAGCUACUGCAAUCACAUUUGCAAAGGAAGGAUGCCAAAAGAUCGUCAUCGCUGACCGCAACACGAAAGGACUCGACGAGACUGCAAGCUUGAUCAAGCAGACGGCAGAUUCAACACAUGUUUUGAUGGUGGAAGUUGAUGUUGCGAGUGCACAGUCAGUCGAAGAUCUAAUCGCCAAAACCGUUAGUGCUUUCGGCCGAAUAGACUACGCGGUCAAUGCAGCCGGCGUGCUGAGCAACAACGAGCGCUCCCACGAACUCACGAUUGAAAACUUUGACCGGAUUAACAACAUCGACUACAAGGGCUGUUGGCUCUGCUCUCGAGCACAGAUCACGCAGAUGCUGAAGCAGGAUCUGUUACCGACGCAUGACGGACGUCCAGGCAAUAGAGGCAGUGUUGUGAACAUUGCUUCCCAACUUGGGAUUGUUGGUCGGCCUGCAGCGCCGGCGUACUGCGGUGCAAAGGCAGCAGUCAUCUCGAUGACUCGCUGUGAUGCGAUCGACUACUCCAAGGACAACAUUCGAAUCAACUGUGUUUGCCCCGGCGUCAUUGACACGCCAAUGGUACGCCCGAAUCUUGACGUGCUGGGGCCCGCCAUCUCAAUAGCGCCCAUGAACCGACCUGGCACUGCGCAGGAGAUCGCUGACUGUGCUUGCUUUCUCUCGAGCCCGAAAGCGAGCUUCGUGCAGGGCUCGGCGAUGGUGGUUGACGGCGGGUAUGUAAUCAACUGAUUGCGACCAACUCCUCAAAGGCUGUUCGUUUCGAUUCGAACGGCGUGCGGUCAUUGGAGAUUUUGAGGACUCUCGCCACUUUACGGAGCCCAGCUCUGCUUCAUCACUGUAACUCGACCUUCUGCUUGUUCCUCGCCAAGGCUGCCAGCUUCUCAACGUCGAGUUGCCUCAUCCGCUCG